GGGCCCUGCACUGGGCCUCGUGUUUGACUUGGAUCCCAUCCUCCGGAGCUGCCAGCAGGCAUGAGAGAGAAAGAGCCGGGCCCGCCCGGCUCCUGCCUGCAGCCUUCCCGGCGAGGGGCCGCCCAGGCCAGGCGCUGGGCCUGGGGCGAAGCGGGAGGGGCCUCCGCCUGCAAAAUAAAAGCUUGCGAGGUGCGGAAAGGCAGGCGCAGCUGCUUCGGCCGAGAUCCACGGCAUGGCGCUCCUCCUCUUGCCUAGCUUUCCCCUAGAAACCUGGAUCCUCGCCCUGGGCUUCCUGGCCCUUUUCCUGCUCUAUGGGAUCUGGCCAUACAGUUUCUUUAAGAAUCUGGGGAUUCCAGGGCCGAGGCCUCUGCCUUUCAUUGGAACCUUUCACAAAUACAGCAAAGGAAUCGUGCAUUUUGACCAGAGCUGUUAUCAGAAGUAUGGCAAAAUCUGGGGAAUUUUUGAUGGCCGGCAGCCAGUGAUGGCCAUUUUGGAUCCUACCAUCAUCAAAACCAUCUUGGUAAAAGAAUUCUACACCAACUUCACCAACCAUCGGGACUUUAUUUUGAAUGGUGACCUGGACACAGCAAUAACAAUCGCCCCCAACGAGCAGUGGAAGCGGAUUCGCACGGUUCUGUCUCCCACCUUCACCAGCGGGAGACUGAAGGAGAUGUUGCCCAUCAUCAAUCGUUAUGGAGAAAUGCUUGUGAAGAAUGUCCAGAAGAAAGUGGACAAUGGCAAACCCAUAGCCAUGAAAGAGAUCUUUUCCGCCUACAGCAUGGACGUAGUAACCAGCACUUCGUUCAGCAUCAACAUAGACUCCAUGAACAGCCCCAACGACCCCCUUGUUGUGCACAUCAAGAGAUUGGUCAGGUUUAACUUCUUAAGUCCAGUGCUGAUCCUGGCUGCUCUCUUCCCACUCCUUACUCCAGUCCUAAACAUGCUAAACAUUAGCAUCAUGCCUCCGUCUCUUGUCAACUUCCUCUUUGAUGUCGUCAAAAAAAUCAAGGAGCAUCGGCAAAAGAAUGAUCACAUGCACCGGGCUGAUUUUCUUCAGCUAAUGCUGGACUCCCAAAUUUCAGGUGACACCUCUGAUGAGGCAAAUUCACUUACAGCUUUGACUGACAAAGAGAUUUUGACCCAGGCCAUUGUCUUUAUUUCAGCUGGCUACAAGACAAAAGGCUCCACACUCAGCUUCCUCUCUUACUGCCUGGCCACCCACCCAGAUGUUCAGCAGAAGUUGCAAGAGGAGAUCGAUGAGGCUCUUCCCAACCAGGCGCCCACCUACGAAGCCGUCGUUCAGUUGGAGUAUCUUGACAUGGUGGUGAAUGAAACCCUCAGGCUCUACCCUCCUGGGGGGCGGAUUGAAAGGGUUUGCAAAAACACCAUAGAGAUUAAUGGAGUGACAAUCCCAAAAGGAACCGUGACCAUGAUCCCUGCCUUUGUCUUGCACCAUGACCCAGAAUAUUGGCCAGAACCAAAAGAGUACAGACCCGAGAGGUUCAGCAAGGAGAGCAGGGAAGCCAUCGACCCGUACGUCUUCCUGCCCUUCGGAGCAGGUCCCAGGAACUGCAUUGGGAUGCACUUUGCCCUCCUGGUCUUGAAAGUGGCUGUCGUGGUCUUGCUGCAGAAAUUUUCUUUCCGACCCUGCAAAGAGACUCAAAUCCCCAUGGAACUGGAUAGCAAAGGCUUCUUCAUGCAACCAAAAAAGCCCAUCAAGGUGAAGUUGGUCCCAAGAGGCAUUGCUGAUUCCAAGGAAUAGAGGAACUGGAUGCAGCAAAGAGGCGGCAGCUGCAUCCCUCUUUCCACAACUUUUUGUCUUCACCUCAUAUAGGACUAGUGACAUAAAUGGGCAGAGCCGAAGACUCUGUGGGAGAUAGGGGUGGGCAAGAUUUCAGCUGAAUUCGGAUUUACCACAGGAUUUUUCAAUGGCCCACAUAUUCUUCAUCUUUGCAGUGAUCCUGUUUGCUCCAAACUUCAGCAGCUUCCCACCAACACCAGAUUUCCCCCCCCUCAAGUAUUCCGUCAAAUAUAUUGUUCUUAUAUUGAUUUUACACAUAGCACAGUACAGGUCUUUCUCUCUCUCUCUGCCUCCCCCCCUCCACUUUAAUAAUCCAAGCAAGCCAAGCCUUUAAAUAGAGAUUAAAAGGCAAGCCUAGUCCUAGAGACUCUCUCCCACAUUAAGGACUCUGCACUUGCCAAGGAGGAGGUGGGGAUGAGGGAGCACUGAAAGCUGCGUUCCUCCUUUCCUUUCCAAAAAGAAAACAGCCAGUCUCUGCUUGCUAAUGUUAAAACUGACCAGACUUAAUUACAGCAGAGGAAGAGGAGGUGGCAAAGCCACUCUCCUUUCAAAAUUUUGGUAUUCCCUUCCAAAAUAUCAGUAUUAAUAUCAAUAUUUUAGUGAAAAUAAAACUGGUAAAAACAGCAGAUAGCAAAGAACAAACUCAAAUCCAUACCACCUGUUAGGUUGACGGAAUGCUUUCAAAGUGACACAGGCCAACGGAUCCCAUCCUUGGUAGCAGAUCACAUUUAUAUUUUUCCCAUACUUCCAGGAAAUAUAAAGAUGGCACAGCAGUCAGCACUCAAGAGCCCCCUCCAACUGCUAGUUUUUUGUUUGUAUGGAGCAUUUUAUUGGGGAGGGGUAUUCAAAAGACAUUUGACUGUAUAGAGUGGCCCUUGAAUUUCCAGCUAAUGAUUUACUAUUGACUUGGUCACCCGUAAGGUAUUAUUGUCCUAGUGCAAAGAUUACUAAGAUUACUAUGAACGGAGUCAUCAGGAUAAUUUCUUUUGAGAACUAUAAUUGCAACUAUAGCUGGUAUCAGUAGCUGCAGUUGACCCUAAGCAUAUCUUUUGCCAGGUGGCAAAUAGGAAAAACUGAACAAAGAACCAAAAAACAAGGGAGUCUCUACAUCCAUAGAUGAAUGGUUCACCUUCCCCCUCCUGCUCAGCUUCAGCUUGCAAUCCUGUACCUGCCUGUGUGAAAGUAAGCAGCAUUGAGCUCAAUGGGACUCACUUUUGAGUGGACGUGUUAUAGGAAUCUAUGAAAUCAAUAUUUCUUUUUGCAUUCAUUAAACUCAAGCUGCCUCUUCCUAUUCAUAUGUGAAAACUGCAUUACAUUUAUGAUUUGAUAUGUGAUUCAUUCAAACUGGAACACUUGUGUAACAAUGCAUUGCUUGAAUCAGAGGGAAAGGGACAUGAUUUUAAGUGUAUCAGUUAAGUACUUAAGAACAUAGUAAGAGGAUCCAUCUAAAGGCUCAUCUAAUCCUGGAUCCUGUCCUCGCAGUGGUCACCCGGAUGCCUAGGGGAAGCCCACAAGCAGGACUUGAGUGCAAUAGCACGCUCCGUACUUGUGAUUCUCGGAGGCAGAGCCAGCUGUCAUGGCUAGUAACCCUUGAUAGCCAUGAAUUUAUCUAAACCUCUUUUAAAGCUAUCCAAGCUGGUGGCCAUCGCUGCCUUUUGUGGGAGCAAAUUCCAUCAUUUAACUAUGCUCUGUGUGAAGAAGGAUUUUCUUUUGUCUUUCCAGAAUCUUCCAACAUUCAGUUUCAUUUAUUGUCCACCUCUCCCUGGCAGUUCCAUUGACAUAUCCUGAAUGAACUCCUGGGAUUGUAUUCCAGCAAGUUGUGUAGCUGAAUCAUUUUGAUGAAACAUUAUCACACAUAUUUGUCAUUUAAUUUUGUACUCCCCCCCACCAAGAUGAAGCAAUUCCCACGGAUGUAUCUAUGUGUGCAUUGCAUCAGGGUGAAGGAUUUAUCCAUCUUUCUAGAGGAAAUAAAUCUCGCUUCUUGCAUCAGCUCUUGGAAUUGUAUUCCAGUAACUUGCAUGGCUGAAUCAUUCUGACAAGAUGUCUAUCAUAAAAUGUUUUUUAAAAGUAUGGUUUUAAAUGGGAAUUCUUCCAACAACUAUGCUAUGCUAUGCUAUGCUAUGGCUGAAAAAACUAAUCUCCUAAUAUUUCCCCUGCAUUUUGCUUACCUCAGUGCCCUAGUUUCUCCACUGAUAAAUUCCAGAUGGCAUUCCAAAGCAACAGAAAUCCAUUAGCUAGAAUUAAGGAAUAUAUCACAUUUUUACAGUGCUCUUCAUUUGCAAAAAUGUGAUCCGGAAGCAAUUUUUUUCUUUAAAA